UUGGGCGUUCCCCCGCCGGCCCAGCACGGCGGCUCCCGAUUGGCCGGAGGGCGGCGGGCGGGGGUCCGCGCGCGGCCCGGUGCGCGUUGCUAGGGGCGGCGGAUGGCGGCGGCGGCCGCUCCAUGGAGACGCGGCUGAGCGCGGGCCCCGAGCGGCGGCGGGACGCGGGGACGCCCCCUGGCGGCGCGACGAGACUUCGACGGGGGCAGGCGCAGCGCUCGGGAUAAAGGGAGAGAGAGAGUCUCACAUUGAAGCCAACCAGCUGCGCUUCUGAGUGGAGAGCUCUGGACUGAUCUCAUGGCUUGCUUUUUAUUUCAUUAAUACUUCAUUAUCUCUGAAAAUGAACCUUUUGUGAAGCUCUUCUCCUAACUCUCCUUAUUCCUCUUUCACGAGGUGGCCGCUGUUCAAGGGAAGAAAUGGCAUGAAGUAAAAGACUCCAGUAUAAAGCAAUCUGCUUUGCCAAAGUGCCCACACCGGAAAUCCAGUACAAGGAAACAGCAACUAUUGAUAGAAAUGAAGAUUGAAACUGCAUUUCCUAACUGAACUGUAUCAGUGAUUUGCCAUAGAUAGCCAGUUCCUGACCUCUCCAAGCGUUCCAGUAGUACAUCGUUCAUACCUGUCAAUAAGCGCUUGCAGCCAGACUCAGGAGUAGGAAGAAGAAUGCCAGUCAAGAAGAAAGAUACUGACCGAGCUUUAGUGCUGCUGGAAGAAUACUGUAAAAAACUAAGGAAGCCAGAAGAACAGCAACUGAAAAAAGCCAUCAGAAAGGUCAUGGGCAUCUUUAAGAGCAGCUUGUUUCAGGCACUUCUGGAUAUUCAAGAGUUUUAUGAAGUGACACUGCUGAAUUCCCAGAAAAGCUACGAGCAAAAAAUAGAAGAAGCAAAUCAAGUUGCAGAGAAAUGGGUGAAGACAACACCUGCUACAGACCAUGAAAAUGCACAGAGAAAACAAGAGUCUGCAGCUGCCAAUGGAUCAGAAGGAUCUGGAUGCUGUGGUGAACAUAAUAAGGAGAACCAGACUUUGGAAAAUUAUGUCAUGGACAUGAAGGCAAAGCAGAGCCAUGGCAGAUGCCCAUCCCACAAAUGCUCAGUCGAAACACCUGCCUGGAUACCCAUUCAGCACUCUACCAAAGGCCAAGAGGAAGAAAAUCCUACAGGUAGAGGCCUUCAGCUGGGACCUUUCCCUGAAAUGGAAUGGACUAAUGCACAGAAAUACCGUUAUCAAGAUGAGGACGCUCCACAUGAUCAUACUUUGCCUCGAUUAACUCAUGAAGUAAGAGGCCCGGAGCUUGUUCACGUGUCAGAGAAGAACUUGUCUCAAAUAGAGAACGUCCAUGGAUAUGUCUUACAGUCGCACAUUUCUCCUUUGAAGGCAAGCCCUGCCCCUAUAAUUGUCAACACAGACACCUUGGACACAAUCCCUUAUGUCAAUGGAACAGAAAUUGAAUAUGAAUUUGAGGAAAUUACUUUGGAGAGGGGGAAUUCUGGCCUGGGGUUCAGUAUUGCUGGAGGAACAGAUAACCCGCACAUUGGGGAUGAUCCUGGGAUAUUCAUUACUAAGAUUAUACCAGGAGGAGCUGCAGCAGAGGAUGGAAGACUCAGGGUCAACGAUUGCAUCUUGCGAGUGAAUGAGGUCGACGUGUCAGAAGUCUCACACAGCAAAGCCGUGGAGGCCCUGAAAGAGGCCGGCUCCAUAGUACGAUUGUACGUUCGUCGAAGGAGACCUAUUCUGGAGACCGUAGUAGAGAUCAAGUUGUUCAAAGGACCUAAAGGUCUGGGAUUCAGUAUUGCAGGAGGGGUUGGAAACCAACACAUCCCUGGAGACAACAGCAUUUAUGUCACCAAGAUUAUUGAUGGAGGAGCUGCACAAAAAGAUGGGAGGUUGCAAGUUGGAGAUAGGCUUCUUAUGGUAAAUAAUUACAGUUUAGAAGAAGUGACCCAUGAAGAGGCAGUCGCCAUACUGAAGAACACAUCCGAUGUAGUGUACCUGAAAGUUGGAAAACCCACCACCAUUUACAUGACCGAUCCAUAUGGCCCACCAGAUAUUACCCACUCUUAUUCUCCACCAAUGGAAAAUCACAUACUCUCUUCUGGGAACAAUGGCACUUUAGAGUACAAGGCAUCCCUGGCCCCUAUCUCACCGGGAAGAUACUCACCUAUUCCAAAGCACAUGCUUGUGGAGGACGACUACACCAGGCCUCCUGAACCUGUUUACAGCACUGUGAACAAACUGUGUGAUAAGCCACCUUCUCCUAGGCACUAUUCCCCUGUCGAGUGUGACAAAAGCUUCCUUCUUACAGCUCCCUAUCCCCACUACCACGUAGGCCUGCUCCCUGACUCUGAGAUCACCAGUCAUUCCCAGCACAGCACUGCAACACGUCCACCCACAGUGAGCUUGCAGCGGACCAUUUCUGUGGAAGGAGAACCUCGAAAAAUCAUCCUGCACAAGGGCUCCACAGGACUUGGUUUUAACAUUGUGGGAGGAGAAGAUGGGGAAGGCAUUUUCGUGUCUUUCAUCCUAGCAGGCGGGCCUGCUGAUCUCAGCGGAGAGCUGCAGCGAGGAGAUCAAAUUCUGUCUGUGAAUGGUAUUGACCUUCGCGGUGCUACCCACGAGCAGGCCGCAGCUGCGCUAAAGGGAGCGGGGCAGACGGUAACAAUCAUAGCACAAUACCAGCCGGAGGAGUACGCUCGGUUUGAGGCAAAAAUCCAUGACCUGCGUGAGCAGAUGAUGAAUCACAGCAUGAGUUCUGGGUCCGGCUCCCUGAGGACUAAUCAGAAGAGGUCACUGUAUGUCAGAGCCAUGUUUGACUAUGACAAGAGCAAAGACAGUGGCCUCCCAAGUCAAGGACUCAGUUUUAAGUAUGGAGACAUCCUUCAUGUCAUCAAUGCCUCAGACGAUGAAUGGUGGCAAGCGAGGAGAGUCACUCUGGAGGGAGACAGUGAGGAGAUGGGAGUUAUACCCAGCAAGAGGAGAGUUGAAAGGAAGGAGCGUGCACGUUUGAAGACGGUGAAAUUCAAUGCAAAACCUGGUGUAAUUGAUGCAAAAGGGUCAUUCAAUGACAAGCGUAAAAAGAACUUCAUCUUUUCACGAAAAUUCCCAUUCUACAAGAGCAAGGAGCAGAGUGAGCAGGAAACAAGUGAUCCAGAACAACAUGUUUCUUCUAAUGCCAGCGAUAGUGAAAGUAGCUACAGAGGCCAAGAAGACUGCAUCUUUUCUUAUGAACCUGUCACCAGACAGGAAAUUAAUUACACCAGGCCAGUUAUUAUUCUGGGUCCUAUGAAAGAUCGGAUCAACGAUGAUUUGAUAUCUGAAUUCCCUGAUAAGUUUGGGUCGUGUGUACCACAUACCACACGGCCAAAACGUGACUAUGAAGUGGAUGGGAGAGAUUAUCAUUUUGUCAUUUCAAGAGAACAAAUGGAAAAAGAUAUCCAAGAGCACAAGUUUAUAGAAGCUGGGCAGUACAACGAUAAUUUAUAUGGAACUAGUGUCCAGUCUGUGAGAUUUGUGGCAGAAAGGGGCAAGCACUGUAUACUUGAUGUGUCAGGAAAUGCUAUCAAACGACUACAAGUUGCACAACUCUAUCCUAUUGCUAUCUUCAUUAAGCCUAAAUCAUGGGAACCUCUGAUGGAAAUGAAUAAACGUCUCACAGAGGAGCAAGCGAAGAAAACCUACGAUCGAGCAAUUAAAUUAGAACAAGAAUUUGGAGAAUAUUUUACAGCUAUUGUCCAAGGAGAUAGCUUAGAAGAUAUAUAUAAUCAAUGCAAACUUGUAAUUGAAGAACAAUCUGGGCCUUUCAUCUGGAUUCCUUCAAAGGAAAAAUUAUAAAUUAGCCACUGCACCUCUGAUUACGACGGGAGAAUAUUUAGAAGAAAACUAUAAUAUACUAUUUGGAGGCUUUCCUGUUUUUGUUGCAUUUAUGUUCUUUGCAGUCAAUGUGAAUUUUGAUGAAUGUACGACACAAAGUGUUUGAAGCCAUGAAGGACAUUGAUGGGUCAAAGGGUAGGAAUAAAAAGACUUCUACCAUAUAAAGCAAAUCUGUUGUGUGCUCAGAGCACUACAUGUAGGUAUAAACUUUGACAUGGAGACUCUCUGUCAAGG